CAAGAAUAGUGUUUAGACAAAAAUAUUAUUCACGGUUGACAUUGAGAUUAUAAGUACAUGAUUGAGAACCACGAGAUGAAAAUAUAUCCAUUUUCUGUGAAGUAAAUAAAACUGCUCUCCAUCUUUAUGGACUGUAUUUUUUUGGAUGGGUAGGAAAAAUAAAAUCAAGUAAUUUGAAGAUUGUUGUUUAUUGUUUAAUAUCAUCGGCAGUAUCACAUCAAGCGGCAUUCAGUAUUAAAGAGAUUAACUCCAAUAUCGGUUUCGCCUCUCCAAAACUGCUCCACAAUGAUUAUAUUUAAUGGCAAUUAAUCGGUUUAUUAUCAUUCAUUAUUAUAGUCUUAAUACAUGCCAUAAAUCCACGCCGCCUAAAUUAUUCAUCCUCUUCCUUUUUCAUAUAAAUCCCCUGGUCACUCUACACCCGAACUUACUCGGCAAGGAGGAUCUAGCAAUAAUGGCGAGCAAACUCGGAGCGGAGAUCUUCUUCUUCUCGUCAUUCUGGUCUUCCUUGUUACUAUUUUCUCUCUUCUCUGGAGCUGCGAAUCUCGCACAAACCGAAGCAAACAAAACUUGGUGCGUCGCUAAGCCUUCGUCGGACGCUGCAACGCUAAUAGCGAACUUGAACUACGCUUGCUCACAGCUGCAGGUGAACUGCAGCGUGCUGCGGAUCGGCUGCGCUUGCGCCCGCCCGAACAGCCUCAUCUCCCACGCCUCCGUCGCCAUGAACCUUUACUACCAGACCGCCGGCAGGCACUACUGGAACUGCUUCUUCAACGACUCCGCGCUGGUGACGACGACUGACCCCAGCUUCGAUAGCUGUGUUUAUGCAUACAUCUGAAGGAGGAAGACUGGUCCAGUGGAUGAAUCUUUAUUAUAUCAAAGCUCAAAUUAAAAAAAUCUCCACAAAGUGGUUCAAUUCUGAUUCAAUG